AUGCGUGUCAUGCAGUCUGAUCUGGCGAUCCUGAAUGCCGCCCAGUAUGAAGAUGGGCUCUCAUCAAGCAGAGGAGGCCAUGGUCCUGCUGUGCCGAUGAAAGCAAUCCCCUCUGUGCGCGAAGAAGCUCCUUCAAGGAAACGACCGAGGGCCGCCUCUACUGCUCAGGCAUCGCAGGCGGACCAUGAGGAGGACAAGAAGAGGGCAAGAGGUCGGCCCCGACUGGAUCCCAAAGACCAAACUCCGCAGGAUAGGCGACGUACUCAAAUUCGCAAUGCGCAAAGAGCCUAUCGAGAUCGCAAAGAGAGCGCCAUCAGUACGCUUGAAAAGGAAGUUGAUGGCCUAAAGGAAGCCAACGAGCAGAUGAGCUCAGCUUAUCGCAAACUUUUCGACCUCGCGACCAGGAAAGGGCUCCUCGAUGGCGCACCAGAGCUCAGUCAACAACUGAUGCAACUAGAUGCACUUGCCAAGACGGCUGGCAUGAACUCCCCCAAGAGCGAGGAAGAAGCCGAAUCGUCUGAUAGUGCCCGUGGGCGAAAGUCUAGCAACCCGUCAUCCGUGGCCGAUGCUCACACAGAAAGCCAUCAACAAAUGCAGCCUCAGCAACAUAAUCCUAUGCAGCAGCUUAUGGGUGGUAUCAUGGUCACACAUGAACCAUCAACCUUGCCCAGCCAGAUGCAUAGUCACCCAAUGCCAGGCGCCCCUUUCCACGGAAUGAGCAUGGGCUAUGAGAUCAUUGCCCAACCCACGUCCCAAAACGCGAGUUUCCCACAGACCCUUUCUUACGAUCAGUCAACGCUAUUUAAUACCAACUGGAUGCAAGCUCCAGCCGCCUGGAAUACCUUGUCAAGCCCGGCAAGCUAUGCACCCCAGGAACCUCAGUUUAGCCGGCGGCUGCAACGGACUGCUCUGCAACGAGCGGCAAAGCUGAUUUCCAUGAAGGACCCCCCACCAGAGAGGCUCACUCGAGUGUUUGGCUUCUCUCGCCUCUUUGAGACCUACGAACAGAUCCGCGAUCGCCUCAUGGCUUGUCUCGAUCGGACUGAAACGGAGGACCUAUCAUAUACAGGCUAUCCUCUCCAGACCGUAGGUGGUGCAGGUACGCAUUUCCCAGAGAUGCAUGCUGGCGGUCCUGGAAACGGCCUGAACCCAAAGACAUUUCCAGAGGCUCGACCUGGUCGGCCGGCCAGUCGUGCACCAUUUUCGGUAGGACCCUUCGAGAGGCAUACCGAGAUGAUUCGCAGGUCUCUAACGAGCCUGGCCGACUCCAUGCUUUUCCCAGGCUUCGAUGGCGUCUUCUGGGAUCCUGACGAAGUGGAUUUUUACUUGAAGUCGAAUGGUGUUCAUAUACCUGCCCGCGCUGAUUACCACGUCGUUGAGAUAUUGGAUGAUGCCUUUGCUGGUCCACCGCCUUCCCUCAUUUCCCAGACCGAAACAUUAUCACCAAGCGCAGUGCCAUCGAGUAACUCUUCGUCGAAUGCUAGUAUUGGCCAGCAAAUGCCAUCGACACUACAAACACCUUCAACAUCUGCAACAAGUCGCAGUCAUUCUAGUACCGAUGGAUCCAAUGACAAUGCAACGAUUCCAAUGAAUGUGCCGCUUGAUAUGUGGCAAUCGCACAUUUCCUCACAGGUAGACGCAGACGAACAGUUCUCUAAUGCCUACACACACGUUCCGCCUACGAACAUGGCCAAUUUCGCCUCCAACAUGCCGUCGGCCUUUGGUGAUCCAUCAUUGCUUGGGUCUGUACCUGGUCAUCACCACCAGCAUCUCCUCGGCAUGCCAGUAUCACACUUUGACGGUCUACCCACUUUCAUCCAGCCUCCGGCGCCGAGGAAACAGAGGUGGAACAUCAAUGUCGAGAAAUUCAUUGAUGAACUUAUUGCAAGGACCAUGUGUCUAGGCAGAACUCCUGGUUUCAGACCGCGAGAUGUCGAUGUAGCAUUUUGGGCCAGUGUGGUGGUUCCUGGAUCAUCCUAG